AUGGAUGAUAUACCACCGCUAUUCAUUCCAAUUGAUAUUAGUGAAGACGGUGAUUCUUUCUCAAGCAAUAGUAGUUUAAUUUUUUUUUUCCAAAAUCUUAUUAACGAAGCCGUCGAACUGGAAGACAUGGGUAUUUCUAGAAAAAGGAAAUCUAUCCGUCGAGAUCGAGAGAAAUGUCACGAAAACCUUAUGAGAGAUUAUUUUGUCGAGGAGCCCAAAUUCAACGAAGAGGUUUUUCAUCAUAGGUUUCGUAUGUCGAAAAGGUUGUUUUUAAAAAUUGUGAGCGAUGUGCAAGCGAAUAACUCGUGGUUUCAAGAGACCCUGGAUGCGACUAUGAAGAAGAGUUUUACACCGAUGCAAAAAGUUACGUCGGCGAUUAAGCAACUUGCAACCGGUAGCCCUCUAGACGAGUACGAUGAGUAUUUAAAUAUGGCCGAAAGGACUUCCCGUGAUUGUCUAGAAAAUUUUUGCGAAACGGUAUGUAAUUUAUACGCUUCCGAGUUUUUACGUAGACCUACUAGCCACGACGUUGCGCUCUUGUACCAAGCUCAUGAGGAGAAACAUCACCUUCCUGGGAUGUUGGGUAGUCUUGAUUACGACGGAAACGCGAUUGUACCGGUACAUAUUCGGGAUCCUCCAGUUGAGCCCGUUUUCGAUGAUACUUUUUAUAACGAGCUCAUUGAUAAAAAUACGUAUUAUAAACUAAAAUAUGAUCUUGUGGGGCAUCUUGGAGAACAAGAUUUACCCUACCUUUUGGCGGAUUCCGACGACGAAUAG